AUGAAACGAGACAAAGAGUCGAAUUCGACCGCCUCUUCCUCGGAGAAUAUUUUUGUGAAAGAGUCAAGUCAAGACCCUAUCUUCAAGACUGUUGGGCUGAUUUUAGCGCUUUCAAGUGGUCUCUUCAUCGGAGCAUCUUUCAUAUUCAAAAAGAAAGGUCUUCUUCAAGCAAGUAAACCUGGGGCAGCCAUCGGAGAAGGAUAUAGUUACCUGUCAAAUGGAUUAUGGUGGUUUGGCAUGACAUUAAUGAUAAUUGGAGAAAUGUGUAACUUUAUAGCUUACGCAUUCACACAAGCUAUCUUAGUCACGCCUCUAGGCGCGCUGAGUGUAGUUAUCAGUGCUGUCCUUUCUUCGAUAUUUCUUAAAGAGCGACUUAAUAUGCAUGGAAAAAUUGGCUGUGCUCAGUGUAUAUUCGGUGCUAUUAUUAUUCUGAUGCACGCACCGGAUCAACAGACAGCUAAUACUAUUGAUGAAUUUGAGCAUCUGUUUAUUCAGCCUCUUUUUCUCGUGUAUGUUGGCCUCGCAAUUCUCGGCAGUAUUAUAGUAAGGUGGAAAAUAGCACCAAAAUACGGCUCAAAAAACAUGUUAGUCUACAUCGGUAUCUGUUCGCUGAUUGGCUCGUUAUCAGUCGUAGCUACUCAAGGUUUCGGACGCGCAGUCAUAACCUCAUUCAUGGGCGAAAACCAAUUCAAACAUUGGUUUCUGUAUUUUCUUGGUGCAUUUGUGAUCGUCACGCUACUGACACAGCUUAAUUAUCUCAAUAAAGCUCUAAAUCUUUUCAAUACUGCGAUGGUUACACCCGUUUACUAUGUCACGUUCACAAGUAUGACAAUGGUGAGCUCAGCUAUUCUGUUUCAGGGGUUCACAGCGCCCCCUGUGAACAUCGUAUCAGUAGUUCUUGGAUUCCUUGUGAUCUGUAGUGGUAUAGUGCUAUUACAAACUUCGAAAAACAACAACGGUGAUGGUCGAGGAGAAGGAACAUAUUCGCACGAUCAAAGAAUUAGUAUGGCAAGUGACGUGAGUCUUGAACCGGGUGCCUCAGAGUUCUUUGGUAGUAUACGUCGGUACUCUAUGCAUCAUGGACGAACACAUCCUGCACAUUCGUCAAUCGUGCAACAUCGACGAAGUAUGAGCUUGAGUUUUGGUGGAUACCCACGACGAGGAUCUACUAACGAUAACAAUAAUCACAACAUUGAUAACAGUAGUAACAUAUUAUCGAUCAUUGAUGAACAAAGCACGUCAAAUAUUUCUGUGCCAACUAAUCGUGAUAAAGGUAUUCGUGGAAAGAUUGAUACCACUUCCACAGAGAUUAGUAUAGCAAUGGGUGAAAUAAGAUUUACCGAAUCAAAUACUGCAAUUCGCACAACACCAUUUAUUCAUGCAACUGCACCAUCCAUCUCAUCAUCAAUAACAACGUCACCGCCAAGUUCACCGCCUCAGCCACAGUUAAUUCUCCCACCACCAUUAUCACCAUUACAACACCCAUUAAACUAUCUGAAAAAACAGCUGGGAUCGUCAUCAACAGCUGCCCCAACACCUGCUUUCCCCGAAUUCACAUCUUUAAAACACACCAGUGAAUCAUAUAGCGGUACAGAAGUAGAUCGAAAAGGAAGCACAGCAUCCAGACGAUCGCAGAAUAAGCUUUCGAUCAUAGAUAAAUUUAAAUUUGGACUUCAUCCUGGUGGUGGAAGUAGUGGCGGUGAUGAUGAUAAUGAGGAUUACGAGGAAUUAGUGAAUAAAGCUAAUGUAGGUGGAGGUUCCGAAGCGAUGAUACCUGUCAAAAAGAAGGGCUCGAAGAAAAGUAUUAAGGAUGCAGAUCGUAAAGGAGGUAGUGGAUAUGGAAGUGAAGACGGUGAUGAUUCAAGUGGAAGUAUAAGUCCAAUAGAAUAA